AUGAGUCAACGCAAAAAGCUCGAGAGGCUUGAACGUCGCUUUCACAAUCAUGCCACACAUUAUCUUCUAGCUGCAUUAGGUCUUGGUGCUUCAUCUCAUACAUUAGAACAUAUCUAUGAACAACAGAAACAAAUUCAACAACCCAUACGUCCAUUUCACGAUAACAAAGACUUUGAUGUGAACAAAUGUUUAGGUGAUGAAAAUUAUUACGGUAACUAUUUGGAAUUCUUUAAAAAAGAAUUGGAAGGUGAGAAAUACCACGGAAAAGUCGAAGAUUUAAUUGAAGAUUAUUUAUUCAAUAAAGAUUAUCUCGAUCUUGUAUUCAAUGGUGCUUAUCAUCCAUUUAUUCAUCUUGGAUAUGCCUUGGAAUUUCAAGUGAAAAUAAUGGCAGUUGAAGGAUUAGCAAUGGCAGCCAUUGAUCGAGUCAAUGUCAAAGAUGUCUUAAAACAUUUGAAUUAUGAUCAGAACAAAGAUGGCAAUAAAACAGCCUUAGACAUUAUUGAAUUGAUUAUCAAAGAUCAACGUUUCGACGACAAGGUUUUUUACAAUGAUGAAGCAACUAAAGUAGAUAAAUUAUUAGAACGAGGUGGUGGUCCUUUGAUUGCAGAAUAUGCUCAAAUGUGGAAAUGUGAUUUAGAUGAUCUUAGACGAGCUAGUGUUUUGGUGAAUGCAGCUGUCAUACGACCGAAGAAAGCACUUCGUCUCGAUUUCUUCCUAAUGCAUGCAACAACAAGUGGUUUAUUCUUAGACAUAUUCGUUCAUUCAUUGAAAAAGAAAGAAAAUCAAUUGAAAUUCUUAAAAGCCAAAUUUGCAGUUGAUCUUCUCUACUAUGCUGCACGUGGACGACCACAGUUAAAUGUGAAUUAUUUACUCAAUGAAUAUCAACCAUCGAAAGAACAUUUAUAUUCAGAUGCGCAAAAUCCAUGGCUACCUCUCAUUGAUAAAUGUUUAACACAUCGAGAUACGCAUCUAGUGAAGACAAUAAGGGUAUUGGUCUAUGCUGAAAAAUUUGAUGGUGCACAAGAGAAAGAUAAAAUGUCCUAUUUAAAAAUAGCACAAAUGACAAUGGAUGCUCUCUUUCCAGCCGAUAAAAAACAAUGGUCUCAUGAUGGAGUUGGUUGGGGAGAAUAUUGGAAAACAGUGAAAGAUUCAUAA